AGAAAACCUUAGGACUCAGACCAGUAACUUCAUAAAUAUUUGUUCAAGUCAGGUGAAUAGAAGUUCGGCAAUGGCUACAUAUCAGGAAGAUGUGAAGCUUUUGGGAAUAGUGGGAAGCCCAUUUGUGUGCAGAGUGCAGAUUGCGCUUAAUUUGAAGGGAAUUGAAUACAAAUAUCUGGAAGAAAAGUUUGAUAACAAGAGUGAUCUGCUCCUCAAAUACAACCCAGUUUACAAGAAGGUUCCUGUAUUUGUUCAUAAUGAGAAGCCUAUAUCAGAAUCCCUCGUGAUUAUUGAGUACAUUGAUGAGACAUGGAAAGACCACCCCAUCUUGCCUGCUGAGCCUUACCAGAAAGCCUUGGCUCGUUUCUGGUCCAAGUUCAUAGAUGACAAGUGUGUGGUUGCUGCAUCGAAAGCUGUUUUUACCAUUGAUGAGAAACAGCGCGAGAAUUGUGUUGAAGAGUCAUUUGAGAAUCUGCAAUUUCUUGAAAAUGAGCUCAAAAACAAGUUCUUUGGAGGAGAUGAGUUUGGCUUUGUGGAUAUUGCUGCUGUCUUCGUAGCGUUUUGGAUACCUAUAUUACAAGAAGUUGGGGGGCUGCAACUGUUCACCAGUGAGAAAUUUCCCAAACUCUACAAUUGGAGCCAAGAAUUUCUCAACCAUCCCGUUGUCAAAGAAACUCUGCCUCCUAGAGACCCACUUUUUGCCUAUUUCAAAGCUCGCUAUGAAAGUCUUGUGAAUAGGAGUGCGGCAAUGGCUACAUAUCAGGAAGAGGUGAAGCUUUUGGGAUUUGUGGGAAGCCCAUUUGUGUGUAGAGUGCAGAUUGCUCUUAAUUUGAAGGGAAUUGAAUACAAAUAUCUGGAACAAAAGUUGGACAACAAGAGUGAUCUGCUCCUCAAAUACAACCCAGUUUACAAGAAGGUUCCUGUAUUUGUUCAUAAUGAGAAGCCUAUAUCAGAAUCCCUCGUGAUUAUUGAGUACAUUGAUGAGACAUGGAAAGACCACCCCAUCUUGCCUGCUGAGCCUUACCAGAAAGCCUUGGCUCGUUUCUGGUCCAAGUUCAUAGAUGACAAGUGCGUGGCUGCUGCAUGGAAAUCUGUUUAUACCAUUGAUGAGAAAGAGCGAGAGAAGUAUGUUGAAGAGUCAUUUGAGGCUUUGCAAAUUCUUGAGAAUGAGCUUAAAAACAAGUUCUUUGGAGGAGAAGAGUUUGGCUUUGUGGAUAUUGCUGCUGUUUUCAUAGCCUUUUGGAUACCUUUAUUUCAAGAAGUUGGGGGGCUGCAACUGUUCACCAGUGAGAAAUUUCCCAAACUCUACAAAUGGAGCCAAGAAUUUCUCAACCAUCCAGUUGUCAAAGAAACUCUGCCUCCUAGAGACCCACUUUUUGCCAAUUUGAAAGCUCACUAUGAAAGUCUUGUUGCUUCAAAAUAGAUUAAUAUUGAGUGAAGACCCAUAAUUUCUAAGGAGAAUUUUAUGGACACUUGUUUGUCAUUGAGUUAUUGCUGUUUGAAUUUCAUUUCAAAAUGGUAUGUAAUCGAGGAUUUCUCCAUCCAAAAGAAAUCCUAGGAUGUUAGUUGACAUUUUUGUUU